UUCGAUACUUCUUCUCCUCUUCAAUAUCUCUUACCAUCACAAAGUCAUCUAUCUCCUUUCUUCUUUCUUGAUAUAUCUAGCUUUAGCAAGAACUUGACAGUGGCAAGAAUCGGAAGCUUUCUCGUUCUUCUUUAUCUCACUUACGCUCUUACUCUCUGCAUCUGCGACGACGAGGAUAACUAUGGUGGUGGUGAGAGAGGAAAUCUUUUCCCAGGUUUCUACCGCAGCUCCUGCCCUAGAGCCGAGGAGAUCGUGAAGUCAGUUGUAGCCAAAGCUGUUGCAAGGGAGACUCGUAUGGCUGCUUCUCUCAUGAGGCUCCAUUUCCACGAUUGUUUCGUUCAGGGUUGUGAUGGAUCGUUGCUUUUAGACACCAGUGGGAGUAUUGUUACUGAGAAGAACUCAAACCCUAACAGCAGAUCAGCUCGCGGCUAUGAAGUUGUUGACGAGAUCAAAGCUGCAUUGGAGAGUGAAUGCCCUAACACUGUUUCUUGUGCUGACGCCUUAACUCUAGCUGCUAGAGACUCCUCUGUUCUUACUGGUGGACCAAGCUGGAUAGUUCCUUUAGGAAGAAGAGACUCGACAAUUGCAAGUUUGAGUGGAUCAAACAACAACAUCCCUGCACCUAACAACACUUUCAACACAAUUGUAUCGAGAUUUAACAAUCAAGGUCUUGACCUCACUGACGUUGUUGCUCUCUCCGGGAGCCAUACCAUUGGAUUCUCAAGAUGCACUAGUUUCAGACAAAGACUUUACAACCAAUCUGGAAACGGAAGUCCCGACACAACCUUAGAGCAAUCCUACGCUGCAAACUUGCGCCAAAGGUGCCCUAAGUCCGGUGGGGAUCAGAACCUGUCGGAGCUUGACAUCAACAGUGCCGGGAGGUUUGAUAACAGCUACUUCAAGAACUUGAUCGAGAACAUGGGACUGUUGAAUUCCGACGAAGUCUUGUUCUCUAGCAAUGAACAAUCGAGAGAGCUUGUUAAGAAGUAUGCAGAGGAUCAAGAAGAGUUCUUUGAGCAGUUCGCAGAAUCGAUGGUUAAGAUGGGAAACAUCUCUCCCUUGACAGGUUCGAGUGGUGAGAUCAGGAAGAAUUGCAGGAAGAUUAAUAACUCUUGAUUUUGUAAUAUUGAAUGGGUGAAAUAAAAUUGAGAGGGAAAAGAUUAUGUUUGUAUUCUUUAUUCUGUAUUUCCUGGUGUCAAGAAUU